CUGCAAUCAGAGCUUCAGUUUCCAGCCCCGACGACGGUCGUCAGCCUUAGGACUAGUGUUGUUUGAAAGGGUGCGGAUCGAUUCCCUGUUUUGUGCAACGUAGUAAGACCUGGGGAGGUGUUGUUGGAGUGUAAUAUUGUGGUGGCAGAAGAGGACGACUCUCAUGACUGCGUAGAUCUGCACCCGGUCAGCUACCACUCCUCCACAUUGGUCUAGACUCUGCAGCCCCCCUCUCUCGAGUGUUUCUGGCUUUCCUCUGAAAUUUCAACUCUUUUCUUGUCUCCUGCCUGACGACGACCUUCCCUGCAGCUCACCAAAUCUCCCCUCCCAGUCCCGUCUCCCCUGCUGCACGUGUGCGCAUCUCGUUCUCUCUCUUGUGUGUUUGUGUGCUUCUGCGAGUUCGAGCUCCGCUCUGCUCGCAGCCAUCUAUCUGUCGUCCGAGUAGCUUAGAUAUGCAAAGCAAGCCUUUUGUGCAACUGCCUGCGUUUCUCAGUGUUUCCCCGCUCAGACGUGCUGUGAAUGCCGAAGCCAGCCGCAAGCUCGUGUGGUUUUCUCGCGUCUUCCGUGUGUCGGACCCAGCUCAAGGAGUGUCGUGGCUCAUACCUGUGGCGUUCGAGGUGAAGUGCUAGGAAUGUCGAGGUUCGAAGUGGGCAGGGGACUUCCCGGUGGACAGGCGCAGGAAUGAGCUCUGGAAAUUUUAUCAAGUAGUGUAGCUCUCGCUCGUUCGGUAGCAGCUCAUCAUCUCCAGCACGAAGUGCAUCGAAGCGUUUCGAGGACUCCUCUGGUGAGGCGAAGGCCAAGGCACAGGUCUGAACACUUUAUUGUGUCGAGGAGUAUUCCGACUCUCUGAGCUUUUGGCCCGUCUCACGAACUGCGCAGGAGCUAUGGUUAGGAAAAAAUUCUUCUCGUCCUCGGCGGGUCCGAAGGUGGCGAAGAGCCCGGAGAUACAAAUGGUGUACAAGAGCGCCGCCGAGAGCUCCAUUCUGUCGGGGGCAUCGUCAUCUCGCCGUCAGUACGAGCGAGUGGGCACCAGCCCGGGGCAUUCCGAGCCCAGUGGACAAAAGGCCCAGAAGACAUUGAAGCUGGGUGGCAACAUCGCCGGCAGAGUGUGUCGAAAUCGUGUAGUGAGGCUGCACUGCCUUCUGAGAGCUCCUUGCAAUUUAGUGCACAGGAUGAAGGAGCAUUAUUCCAACUUGAAGGAGCAGGCACGCACGACGAAUUUCAAAGUCAGCGACUUGUUUGCUGGGAAUCAACUCCUCAUGCACGUCAAUGCCGCCCCCGUGAGAGGUCGUAGGAAAUCACUCAAGCCCUCGGAAGGUUUCGUGAACAGAGUCAGAGCACCCGUGGGACAACGAGAGAUGAGAGAGAGAUAACAUUCGUAAGAGCUUCUCUCGUCGUUCACUUUCUGGCUUACCAGCUUACUAUUUGUUCUUCCUCGAUCCAUUCAGCACUGUAGGUCGGUCAGUCCACCAUGGAUCCUAUGAUUGUCUUGCGCUACAUGAUUUACAGAGUCAGCAAUGCUGGUGUCCUUCGAAACCAGCGCCCCAUUUCGCAGCAACUGUACAUCCUGAUGUCCUAUCGAAUAUUGCUGGGUUUGUAUCAUAAGAGGACUUUUAGCUCGCUACGUAGAGAUGCAACGGUGUCUUCUUCCAUCCUUUGAUGUCAUCUGUAAAUAAAGGCCCAAGGCAGCAACCUCAAUUGCCUGUACUAUUCAACAUGUAGCGAG